GCUCACUAUGGCUCCAGUCCCCUGGCCAUGCUGACAGCAGCGUGCAGCAAAUUUGGUGGCUCCAGCCCUCUACGGGACUCAACGACAUUGAGCAAAGCAAGCACAAAGAAGCCAUACUCUGUGGGCAGUGACCUUUCAGCCCCCAAAACCAUGGGGGAUGCCUACCCAGCCCCCUUUUCAAGCACCAAUGGGCUCCUCUCACCUGCAGGCAGUCCUCCAGCACCCACCUCGGGCUAUGCCAAUGACUACCCUCCCUUUUCUCACUCAUUCCCUGGGCCCACGGGUACCCAGGACCCUGGGCUACUAGUGCCCAAAGGUCACAGCUCUUCUGACUGCCUGCCCAGUGUCUACACCUCUCUGGACAUGGCACACCCCUACGGCUCCUGGUACAAGGCAGGCAUCCACGCAGGCAUCUCACCAGGCCCAGGCAAUGCUCCUACACCUUGGUGGGACAUGCACCCUGGGGGCAACUGGCUAGGUGGUGGGCAAGGCCAGGGUGAUGGGUUGCAAGGGACACUGCCCACAGGCCCUACUCAGCCUCCAUUGAACCCCCAGCUACCCACCUACCCAUCUGACUUUGCCCCCCUUAAUCCAGCCCCCUACCCAGCUCCUCAUCUCCUACAACCAGGACCCCAGCAUGUCCUACCCCAAGAAGUCUAUAAACCCAAGGCAGUGGGCAAUAGUGGGCAGCUGGAGGGGAGCGGUGGAGCCAAACCUCCUCGGGGUGCAGGCACAGGGGGCAGUGGUGGAUAUGGGGGCAGUGGAGCAGGGCGCUCCUCCUGUGACUGCCCCAACUGCCAGGAGCUAGAACGCCUGGGGGCAGCAGCAGCUGGGCUAAGGAAGAAGCCCAUCCACAGCUGCCACAUCCCAGGCUGCGGAAAGGUGUAUGGAAAGGCCUCACACCUGAAGGCCCACUUGCGCUGGCACACGGGUGAGAGGCCCUUCGUCUGCAACUGGCUGUUCUGUGGCAAGAGGUUCACCCGUUCAGAUGAGCUGGAGCGCCAUGUGCGCACUCACACCCGGGAGAAAAAGUUCACCUGUCUGCUCUGCUCCAAGCGCUUUACCCGGAGUGAUCACCUGAGCAAACACCAACGCACCCAUGGCGAGCCAGGCCCAGGCCCUCCACCCAGCGGUCCCAAGGAGCUGGGAGAGGGCCGCAGCACCGGGGAAGAGGAGGCCAGUCUGACACCCCGACCUUCAGCCUCUCCAGCACCCCCAGAGAAAGCCCCUGAAGGCAGCCCUGAGCAGAGCAACCUGCUGGAGAUCUGAGCUGGGUGGAGGGUCUCCAGCCCCAACGCUAUUUGCCAGCCUCUUCUGGCUCCAUGGACCACUGCUUGCCCCUCACUCCUUUUGCCCCAUGCAUGCUGUCCUUUGGGGCUCUCACCAUCUCUCCCUUGGCUAUUCUGAG